UAUGUAUUGUUUUUUAGCAACAAUGUCUAGCAGUAGUAACGACCGGUGGAUCCGGGCAGCCAUGCCCCUUGAAGAAUGGUUUGAGAUGGGUCACAAGCAUGGAACCUUCUUAGCUUGCUAUGUUUUAACGCUGGGUUCUCCUCAGCCCCUCGACCACAACCACGUCAAGCAAGCACUACUUCACUUGUACAGGAAAGUGCCCAGCCUCCGCUUGAGUAUGGACACCCGUGACGGAGUCCUCUGGUUCAAGGAGUGUACUCGUGAGACGAUAGACUUUGAGGUGGUGACAGAUUGUGACCUAGACAAUGUUGUAUCCCAUCUUAGGACGUAUCGAUACAACUGUAAACUAGGUCCCAUGUGGUGUGCUAGGUUCCUCCCUGCAGCCUCUGCCACUGUUGCCGGAGAAUCUGAAGCUGCAGUUGCUACACUGAUUCUAUCUCUGGCGUUCCCCCUGAUGGAUCCACUUCCCAUUCUGAUACUUUACCUGAUACUAGCAAACGCGAGGACAAGAUGUUGGAUACAGCUGCUGAAGCAAAAGCCAGUGCUGCUAAACGGGAGGCCACUGGUGCUAUUCCCCGUGCGGCUCCUUGCAGUGGCUUUCAUCCCCGCCCUCCAUGGCUUUGCUUUCCUCUGCUCUCAGUAGGUCUGACUUUUCCUUUGCCCGUUGCACUGCUACACCUUCUACAGAAUCUCCACCUUUAGGAGUUGCUCCUCCUCCCUCUCCAGACUUUCCAAAUGGCCUUGCAUCUUCUCAACCUCCUUCCUCUGAAGGAUCUCUGAAAUCUUCAUCCAAGUCUUCAGAGUCUAUCUCUUUGCCUUCUUUU